CUGUGGCAGUGGCAACAGCAGCGCUUGUCCCAAAAAUAAAAUUUAUUUAUACGAACGGAAAUAUUGAACUUAUCUGUGAAAAUUAUCAAAAAAGAAAACAUAAACAUCUAAGAGAACUCCUUAUCGAAUAUGCCACUGCAGCUGUUUAAACUGCUGCUACUGUUGCUGCUGUUCAAGUGCCUCAAAGCCGAGUCACCACAAUGUUUUCACUUCACCUGGAUAGGACCCUACGACAACAAAACGAAUAUAGUCAAGGAAAGCUGCGAUGCAAGAGUUGGCGAUUUCAAUGAGAUACCCUGUGAAAUGCCCUUGGUAGUCACUCCCAACGAUACUGUGCCGAAUGUGAAGGCAUUGUGGAAGAACGAGACAUUGAAUCGCGAACAUUAUCUGUGCCAGAUGUCACCCGGCUACUCCUGCGUCAAGUACUCCUACAUAUUCAAGGGUGGCAUACAAAAUAUUACCUAUAUGUGUGCCAAGGUGAAUAACAGCAAUGGCUGUUACCGCGAAACCCAGUCGACGGGCAUGCAGGUGGAGGCUUGCGUGUGCACCUCUAAACUGGGUCUGAUACCCUGCAAUUGCAGCCCGACUACGCAGUCUCAACAAAUUCUUGGCUGGGUCAUAGUGCUGCUCAGCGCUUUUAUUGUUCUUAAAUAAACAAAUCGAAAAAUAA